UUCUGUUCAAUGACGUGCUCUCUCCUCUCAGGUCUGAGGAGACAAGCUGCUGUUGCCAUCAGCCAGGAGCUGAGUAAGCUAGCCUGCCGCAGCACGGGUCCCAAUACGUGGAUUAACCAAGUUCGCAGAAGGAGCUCCUUGCUCAGCUCCAGGCUGGAGGAGAAGCCCUUCAGCGAGAUGGAAAUGUCUUAUAUCAAGCAAGGAGAAGAAGCCCUUCAGAAAUCACUCAGCAUCCUUGGCGACCAGGAUGGCUGGAAGACAGAGACGGUGGUGGAUAAUGGAGACAAAGUGCUGAGCAAGGUGCUCCCAGACGUGGGGAAGGUGUUUCGCCUCGAGGUGGUAGUGGACCAGCCCCUGGACACAGUGUACAGCGAGCUGGUGGACAAGAUGGAGCAGAUGGGAGACUGGAACCCCAACAUCAAAGAAAUCAAGAUUCUCCAGAAGAUUGGAAAAGACACAGUGAUCACCCAUGAGAAAGCAGCUGCUACGCCAGGUAACAUUGUUGGACCACGGGACUUUGUCAGCGUGCGAUGUUCUAAGAGACGUGGUUCUACCUGUGUCCUGGCUGGGAUGUCAACAACAUAUGGAGCGAUGCCAGAACAAAAAGGAUUUAUAAGAGCUGAGAAUGGUCCCACGUGCAUGAUCCUGCGUCCACUUCCUGGAAAUCCUUCACAAACCAAAUUGACGUGGCUACUCAGUAUUGACCUAAAGGGAUGGCUGCCAAAGACAAUAAUCAACCAGGUACUCUCCCAGACCCAGGUAGACUUUGCCAAUCAUCUUCGUGAGCGCCUGGCCCAGACUGUCAUAAACUGCUGACUGCACCAACCUCUGAGCGGCAUAUUCCAGACUAAAUGUUUAAUGCUUUGUUCAGUGGUAAAAUAGGGCUUCUGUAAUUAGGUUGUCAGACAUGACUAUUAGUAAUGUAAUUGCUAAGGCCUGCUUUCACAGGCUGGAAUAAAAGACAUUUCUUAACCAUCAUUGAGGGGGAGGCCUCAGGAGCCUGAUGUAGUAGCAGGAGCCAGCACAUGCUCAGUGCACAAACGCAGGACUUACCUAAAUUUUACUCCCAUCCCCACCAGUAGAGCAGCUCUAAAUUAUUUCUUGUACAGAUUUGCUUAAUUGUAUUUAAUAUUUAUUCAAGCUCUUCAAUGGUGAUCAAGUUUUACAGGGUCUCCUGCCCAUUGCUUGUAUGUAGUGGUUAGAAAAGCAGUAGCCACUUUUAAACAAUAACUCUGAGGCUUUAAAAUUCCCUUUAGCUAAAGUGUAGUUUGUAGACCUGUAAACAAAUCACAAAACUGUAUCAGGUUUAAAGAAAAGCUUUAUUUAAAACUGGUUUCCAGUUUUGUGUGUUUAAAAAAAAAACAAACAAAAACAGUUCUAGGCUUCUGCCCAAACCUCAGUCUUACAUGCAGUAGUCUUGCUACAACACAAUCCUUCUGGAUGGAAGCUGUUUACAAUUAGCCAAGCACAGUUGAGCAGAAGUGUCAGUGUUGCUUCUGCAAGUGUACUAUAAAGCAGGUGGGUCCAGCUGCAGCCUGCUCUCACUGAACAAAUGACUUUCACAACCUGGGUACACCAAAUGAGAAGUUAUCUCAACACGAACAGUUGCUUCUUCAGUAACUUAGUUACAGCUAGCUGAAGACUCCAAGAGAUGCCCACAAAUAGCACAAUACAUACUAGAACUGCAUUCACUUGACUCCAGCACAGUGGUAGAGCAUGAAUCUUCAGCAGGUAAUACGUAUACAUAACACCUCUGAGUGCACUAAACACCUGCUAUCAAGAAGAGCUGCUUUAGCUUCAUCACGUUGUUCUUCAACAGAUUGUUCCAAGUGAUGCACAUUCCUCUAAAAUAAAAACCACUUGAUUUGA